AUGUUGCGUAUGCAAGCUGCUGCAAAUAUAAUGUUAAAGGAUAUUAAGCAACGUGUGACAAAACUCGAAGAUGUUUUGAAAAAUCGCACAUUACAUAUGUCAGAAAAUAGCGGCCUAAUUGCACAAUUUUUACCGUUUGUUACAAUAAAGGAAAUAAAAGAGUUUGAAUCUGUAUUAAAAACCACAGAUGAGGCAGUGACGCAGUUUACAGAAUUUGUGUCUAAAACUGGUGGGAACAAUUCAAAACAUACUAUUCAGCGAACAAUGAAGAAAAUUUUCACAAAUGAAUGCGCCAUAAAAUGCUCCUGGAAGGGAAUUAGGAGCAACUUUAGAGUUUGCGAUUUGUAUUUCAUACAAAUUAUGAGAAACGCAGUAAUUUUGCAACAUGUGAAUGUUACUGAAUCCGACUUCGACAAUACUGUAGCGGAAUAG